AAACUUCGAUCGAAGGUCUAACGUCCUUACGCGCUACUCGCCUCGCUUGCAACCCCUCAUCCUCCCCUCCAUUUCCAUAAAUAUUGAUAAUAUUUCGCGCUUUUCUCCUCACUCUGAUUCCGAUUAAACAUCUUCUUCGUUUUGAGAAAGAGAUUGAUAAGGAUUUUAUUUUAAAAAUAAUAAUAAUAACAGAGCGAGAGAGAGAUUGAGAUUGAUUGCCGGUGCGCAAGUUGCGAGUAAUUAUAUAAUUCCCAUUCUUCAGUGUGAUUCGGAAUUGAUAGAAUAAUUAACUUGGGCGCAACAAUGCCGUUGAGUCGACAGCCAUCCUUCUCUCCCAGCUUGGAUUGUUCUACUUCCGGCGACUUCCCAGACAUUGCCGCCAAGAUUACCAAUGAUUUCGCCCAAAAACUCACCGUCGCCGACGACUCCGAUCUUAACGAAGUUCGGGAGGCAAUUCAAGAUGAUCAGGAAUCACUCCGCGAGAUUGAAGAAUGCGAAAGCCAUAUCGACGACGACGAUUACGACGAAGAUUGCGAGUUCUCUUUCUUUCCCAACGGUGAGGAUUUUUCACUGGUUUCUGCCGAAGAUAUCUUCUGCGACGGCCAGAUCCGGCCCGUUUACCCGAUAUUCAACCGAGAUCUGCUCUCCGCGGACGGCGCUCACGAUCCUGAGCCUUCCAACUCGAACGCCUCCUCUCUUCGGCCUCCCCUGAGAAAAAUCUUCUUAGAACAGCGGGAUCCUCAGGCGACCUCGUCAUCGACGGAGCCGGAAAACGAUCCGGCCGGUCCAUACUGCGUGUGGUCCGGAAAGGCGGUGGACGCGUCGCCGGGCGCUUGCAAGAAGAGCAACUCCACCGGAUUUUCGAAGCUUUGGAAGUUCCGAGACCUGAAAGUCCGGAGCAGCAGCGACGGCAAGGACGCCUUCGUGUUCUUGAACAAGAGGUCCGAGAAGAACGUGAAAAUUGAAAAACCUGAGGCUUCGAUGGAGAAGGAAAGUUCCGGUAAUGGAGACGGUUCCAGUGGGAGAACGACGGCGAAGGGAGCAAAACCCGAAACGACGUCGUCGGCUCAAAAAAGGAGGAAUCCAGUACCGAAGGCGCGGAGGUCGUAUCUGCCGUACAAGCAGGAUAUACUUGGGUUCUUCACCAACGUUAACGGGAUGAGCAGGAACGUCCAUCCCUUCUGAUUCCCGCUUUUCUGCAACACUAUCCAUUUUUUAUUUUGCAAAUAUAUUUUUUUGGGUUAUUGUGUUAUUAAUAAUUAAUUUUAAUGUAACUAACUUUUGGGGUAAUUGUAUCAUUUUUAGUAA